AUGUCAUUAAACGGCUGGGCAGCACCAGCACAGGUGUCAGUAAUAUCCGAAAAUCAUCAGUCAAUCCUUGGGCGUGAUCUGAUGGGCACCCUAGGCCUGGAGUUGGUGCAAAAGAAGAAGGUGAUGGGAAUCACGGGGGAAGGUAGCAGUCAAGAAGAGGAGGAAUAUGAUGAAUUGCAAACUUAUUUCUACAAGGCGAGUAUUCUUCCUAAUGUGGAGUUAACCCUAGAUUGGGAGAAGCGGAGCGACCUGGUAUACGCCCCUGAAAAUAGAAAAACCCCAAGGGUUUUGGAUGAGCAGGAGUUAAUCGAAACGGACGCACCCAAGGCAACAGAAAUAGUAGACCCCAAGGCAGCUCAAGUGUUACCCGAGGCACCAGCAUGGCUCAACAGACAUAGAACUAGUACUACAACAGUAUAUCAAAAGACGGGGAAAACAGACCCCAAGGACCCGAGAAGGUCGGCGGCUGAAGAAAGCCGAAUUGUGAAUAGAAGUGACGCGUGCACCCCAGGUCCUAGUUCGAGUUCAACGAGCACCCCGGGUCCAAUUGCUUGCGAUAACCAGCAGCAGUCACAUAUGUUAGGUUUCAAGGAUGAGAAAGUAGGAGACAGUCCAUUUUCUCGGCUCACUAUCCUUCCGGGUAAUCAUACAUCCAACCCGUCGACUAUAGAGACGACAAGUGAAGCUACCACAAUUGGAGAGCACACAACUACCCACAAUCGACCCACUUUAUUUCCCAAGCCUACUACCCACCCGACGACUGAAGAGACAACAACCGAGGCUACCACGACUGAAGAGCUGACAAGUGAAGCUACCACAACUGGAGAGCAUUCAUCUACCCACAAUCGACCCACUUUAUUUCCCAAGCCUACCACCCACCCGACGACUGAAGAGACAACAACCGAGGCUACCACGACUGAAGAGCCGACAAGUGAAGCUACCACAACUGGAGAGCACACAACUACCCACAAUCGACCCACUUUAUUUCCCAAGCCUACUACCCACCCGACGACUGAAGAGACAACAACCGAGGCUACCACGACUGAAGAGCCGACAAGUGAAGCUACCACAACUGGAGAGCACACAACUACCCACAAUCGACCCACUUUAUUUCCCAAGCCUACUACCAGCCCGACGACUGAGGAGACAACAACCGAGGCUACCACGACUGAAGAGCCGACAAGUGAAGCUACCACAACUGGAGAGCAUUCAUCUACCCACAAUCGACCCACUUUAUUUCCCAAGCCUACCACCCACCCGACGACUGAAGAGACAACAACCGAGGCUACCACGACUGAAGAGCCGACAAGUGAAGCUACCACAACUGGAGAGCACACAACUACCCACAAUCGACCCACUUUAUUUCCCAAGCCUACUACCCACCCGACGACUGAAGAUACAACAACCGAGGCUACCACGACUGACGAGCCGACAAGUGAAGCUACCACAACUGGAGAGCACACAACUACCCACAAUCGACCCACUUUAUUUCCCAAGCCUACUACCCGCCCGACGACUGAGGAGACAACAACCGAGGCUACCACGACUGAAGAGCCGACAAGUGAAGCUACCACAACUGGAGAGCACACAACUACCCACAAUCGACCCACUUUAUUUCCCAAGCCUACUACCCACUCGACGACUGAAGAGACAACAACCGAGGCUACCACGACUGAACAGCCGACAACCGAGGCUACCACCACUGAAGAGCCGACAACCGAGGCUACCACCACUGAGGAGCCGACAACCCAGGCUACCACUACUGAAGAGCCAACAACCGAGGCCACCACGACUGAAGAGCCGACAAGUGAAGCUACCACAACUGGAGAGCACACAACUACCCACAAUCGACCCACUUUAUUUCCCAAGCCUACUACCCACCCGACGACUGAAGAUACAACAACCGAGGCUACCACGACUGACGAGCCGACAAGUGAAGCUACCACAACUGGAGAGCAUUCAUCUACCCACAAUCGACCCACUUUAUUUCCCAAGCCUACCACCCACCCGACGACUGAAGAGACAACAACCGAGGCUACCACGACUGAAGAGCCGACAAGUGAAGCUACCACAACUGGAGAGCACACAACUACCCACAAUCGACCCACUUUAUUUCCCAAGCCUACUACCCACCCGACGACUGAAGAGACAACAACCGAGGCUACCACGACUGAAGAGCCGACAAGUGAAGCUACCACAACUGGAGAGCACACAACUACCCACAAUCGACCCACUUUAUUUCCCAAGCCUACUACCAGCCCGACGACUGAGGAGACAACAACCGAGGCUACCACGACUGAAGAGCCGACAAGUGAAGCUACCACAACUGGAGAGCAUUCAUCUACCCACAAUCGACCCACUUUAUUUCCCAAGCCUACCACCCACCCGACGACUGAAGAGACAACAACCGAGGCUACCACGACUGAAGAGCCGACAAGUGAAGCUACCACAACUGGAGAGCACACAACUACCCACAAUCGACCCACUUUAUUUCCCAAGCCUACUACCCACCCGACGACUGAAGAUACAACAACCGAGGCUACCACGACUGACGAGCCGACAAGUGAAGCUACCACAACUGGAGAGCACACAACUACCCACAAUCGACCCACUUUAUUUCCCAAGCCUACUACCCGCCCGACGACUGAGGAGACAACAACCGAGGCUACCACGACUGAAGAGCCGACAAGUGAAGCUACCACAACUGGAGAGCACACAACUACCCACAAUCGACCCACUUUAUUUCCCAAGCCUACUACCCACCCGACGACUGAAGAUACAACAACCGAGGCUACCACGACUGACGAGCCGACAAGUGAAGCUACCACAACUGGAGAGCACACAACUACCCACAAUCGACCCACUUUAUUUCCCAAGCCUACUACCCACUCGACGACUGAAGAGACAACAACCGAGGCUACCACGACUGAACAGCCGACAACCGAGGCUACCACCACCGAAGAGCCGACAACCGAGGCUACCACCACUGAGGAGCCGACAACCCAGGCUACCACUACUGAAGAGCCAACAACCGAGGCCACCACGACUGAUGAGACAACAACCGAGGCUACCACGACUGUAGAGACAACAACCGAGGCUUUCACGACCGAUGAGACAACAACUGAGGCUACUACCACUGAAGAGACAACAACCGAGGCUACCACGACUGUAGAGACAACAACCGAGGCUUUCACGACCGAAGAGACAACAACCGAGGCUACCACCACUGAAGAGACAACAACCGAAGCUACCACGACUGUAGAGACAACUACCGAGGCUUUCACGACCGAAGAGCCGACAACCGAGGCCACCACGACUGUAGAGACAACAACCGAGGCUUUCACGACCGAAGAGCCGACAACCGAGGCCACCACGACCGAAGAGUCAACAACCGAGGCCACCACGACUGAAGAGUCGACAACCGAGGCUUCCACCACUGAAGAGACAACAACCGAGGCUACCACCACUGACAUGUCGACAACGGGGAUUUUUUCAACCACCGAGUUAUCAACCCUUCCUCCUGGAAUCUGCGUUGUCUGCAAUAACGGAACGUUUUCUCCAGAAACAGGAAAUUGCCGAAAACAGGUUUGUCCUGAAGGAGAAUGUCUGAAAGGAUGCUGCGAAAAGUGCUCCACAGGAGAAUACAGCGGAAACAAUGCAACUGGCUACACUGCGUGCAUCAAGUGUGCGGCCGGAUCCUAUGCAAACGAGAGCGGAAGUUCCAACUGCACUGCUUGCGAGAAGGGCUAUUACACCGGAAACACCACAGGCAACUCGGUCUGCACCCAGUGUCCACAAGGAUUCUACUGUCCGAAUGCUUAUUCGUCACCCCGCCGAUGUCCCUCUGGUGACGUCUGUCCGGCUGGGUCGGUGGUGGCCACCAAGUGCUCCAGUGUAGUCGAGUCGGCCGACCACACGUCACAGAAAUGCAAGAAAACUGCUUGGUACUAUCUCUUCAUCAUUGUGCCUGUAAUCCUGGCUGCGACACUCAUUGGUGUGCUCGUAGGGGCGCUUGUGGUCUACAAUCUGGAGCGACCAGCCUCAGUCUACGACAAAAUACAGCCCCGAAUGGGCAAAAUGCACACGGGCAUUCGCUCUCUCCUCGGACGAGGAAGAGUCAUCAAUUAA